AUGAAGCAUAGAUCACAUUUAAAGCAAAAAAACAAAGUUUAUAAAAAAUGUAAAAGUCAGAAACGGAAUAAAAAUUUAAAAAAAGUUCAGAAAAAGAAGAGAAAUAAUGCAACUUUAAAAUACAGUCAUAUUUUACAUAGGGCAUUUCAAUCCCAUUGUACAAAAGCGAAUAACUUAAAAAGUAAACUUCAGGAAAAAUCAAAAUACAUACCAUUUUACAGUUGUUUAAAUAUAUGUUUAAUAGGGUUUCAUGAAAAUGCAGAUGUUCUAUCAUUUAAAAAAGAGUUCAUAAAAUAUUUAUGUGAAAAAAAUGGUGAAGAUAUUAUAGAAGAUAACAUAAAUUUAUAUGAUAUAUAUACAAUACAUUCAAAUAAUGAAAAAAAAAAACGAUCCUUAGUAAUUUAUGAUAUACCACGAGAUAUAUAUGGAAUAAUAGAUGGAACAAAAUGUGCCGAUUUAAUUUUGUGUAUUUUUAAAGAUGGAAAUGUUGAGAAAUCCUCUUUUGAUGAAUUGGGUUAUAACUUGUUAUCAGUUUUAAGAAUACAAGGAGUUCCAUCAGUUAUCGGUAUAGGAUAUAACACAAAAGAAAAUAGUAAUAAAAAUACACAGAAAUUUGUGGCCAGGUAUUUUAACUCAGAAUUUACAUUAGAUGAUAAAAUAUUCUUUAUUAAUAGUGAUGACAACAAUAAAAAUUUUCAUUUUAACAAACUUUAUAAUGAAAUAAUGAAUAUAAAAGUAAAGAGUGUCUCUUAUAGAGAAGGAAGAGGCUACAUGAUGGCUGACUCAUGUCAAUAUAAUCCAGUUAAUGAUUCCAUUUACAUAAAAGGGUUUGUGAAAGGUAUAGGAUUUAAUAUUUACAACCCAUUACAUAUAACGAACAUUGGAGAUUAUUAUAUCGAUGAUAUAUAUGUCAUAGAUGUGAUAAAAGGAAAAAAAAAUAUGAAUAGUAGUGAAGGAAUAGGUGCUAAACUUUCCCUAUUUGAUAUAAUUCAAAAUAAUGAACAAGAAGAAAAUAGUUUUAAUUUUAUAAACAAUUUUCUUCAUAAUAGUAAAAUAGCUAAUAAUGAUUUUAAUUACAAUUGUUUACACGUUCAAAAUAGCGCAAACAGAAGUAAUCUAAAUGAGGAAAAUGAUUUAUUGUGUGUACGACCAUACACUUCCCAAGAAAAUAAUUUUUAUGUUAACAAUUUAAUGACUCUUAAAAAUAAUUCUAUAACAGAAUAUCCCCCUUCUAGAUUGUUUGAUCAAACAGAUGAUUAUGCAAACAGCAGUGAUCAUGCUGUUUAUAAUUUUAAUUUAAACAAUGCCUUAAAUGGUACAAACAAUGAUGAGUAUAAUAAAGGCGUGUCUAAGAUAAGUACAAGCAGUAUGAACUGUAUGGACAGCACGAAUUAUUCAAACAAAACAAAUAACAUGUACAAUGUACACGGCAGUGUAAAUGGAAAUAAUGAUCAUAAUAAUACGUGCAAAAAGGGCAAUUCGGAUAAUAUUUGGAUGUAUAUAUCGAACGAAAAACAUGAAGUAAACGAUAAUAUUAUUAGUUCUUUUGAUAGACACGAAACACAAAAUGUAGGAGUAAAUAACACUGGCAGUAGUAAUAUAUGCACUGAGGAGCAUUUCAAUAGUAUCAGCUUUUCACAGGGAAACAAUUCUUGUGAACAUGGUGGAGGGGAAUCAGAAAUGGAGAAAGGCAAUAAGAAUAAUAGUAGCAGUAGGAGUAGUAGUAGUGGUAGAAGUAGUGGUAGUAGUAGUGGUAGUAGUAGUGGUAGUAUUGAUAGUAGAAGUAGUAGUGGUAGUAAUAAUGAUUCCAUAGAAAAGGACUCAGAUAAUUCUGAUUAUAUCUAUCUGUGCAAAAAUAUAAGUGCUAGGGAACGGUUCAAGAGAUAUAGAAGUUUGCAAAGUUUUAGAACCUCCUAUGUGGAUGUGUAUGAGGAUUUACCUUUGGAAUAUUCACGUAUUUAUGAUUAUGAAAGUUCAGAAAAUUUAGGAAAAUAUUCAAAAAGGAAAUAUAUAGAAAAUUGCAAAAUUAUAAAUGGAGAAUAUACCUUAACAGAUGCCUACUGUUUAUUUAUUAUAAAAAAUGAUGGAAAAUUGUAUAAUUUAAUACAGUAUUUACAGAAGAAAAAAUUACCUUUUAUAUUAUCAAGUUUACUGCCUUUUGAAAGAAAAGUAACAGUAGUGAAUAUGGAAAUAGAAAGAACUUUUUCUUAUUUAGGGAACGUAGAAUCAAAAGAGGUAUUUGAGAUAGUAUGUGGGUUUAGACAUUUUGUUUCUUGUCCUAUUUUCAGUGAACAAAUUGUUAAGUCAACACAAGCAAAAGGAAAAUAUGAAAAAAAUUUGAAAUAUGGGAAAAAGUAUGUUGCUUCCGUAUAUGCCUUUACAACAGUCACCAAUGCCCCUGUUUUUAUUAUAAAAAAAAAAAAAAUUCAUCAAGAAGAAGGAAGAUGUAAUGAGGAUCGCUUGCAUAUACAAACACCAGAAAAUGUAUGCGACACGAAAAAUUGCAACAAUAGUUUAGAAGGUGCAGAAGGAGGCAUUAACAGUAGUAAUAACUACAUUAGUAACAACGUCAUUAGUAACAACUUCGUUAGUAAUUACAACAUUAGAAACUACAACAUUAGUAAAUACGACCGUAGUAGUAGUAACAAUAAUGGUAAUUCGUCAUGUACAAACAAGCUAAGAAGUGAGAAUAUCAAUGUUGAACUUUUCGAUCCUUUUACCACUAACGAUACUAAUAAUAUCAUGUCAGUGUUAGUUGCACAUGGGAAAGUUAUCAACUGUGAUUGUAAAAGAAUAAUUAUGAAAAGAAUAAGUAUUUGUGGAAAAAUUUUCAAAAUUAAUAAAAAAGGAGCCGUUAUUAGAAACAUGUUUUAUAACCCGAAAGAUAUAAAUUACUUUAAGCCAGUAGAAUUACAUACGAAAUUUGGUUUAACUGGAAAAAUAUUAGAGUCAUUAGGAACCCAUGGAAAAAUGAAGUGCAUGUUUAAUGAUGUCCUAAAACAGCAUGAUAAAGUUUUUAUUAAUUUGUAUAAAAGAGUAUAUCCUAUAUGGUUCCCUUUAACAUGGGGAGGGGACCCCAAUUUAGGUCCCGAUGAUAAGCAUUUACAGAAAAAACGGAAAAAUAUUAAUUUGUCUCAUUUGUGA